AAAUCCAGCCCUGGACUCUUCUUCCUUCCAGGGUCACUUCUCAAGCCCUCUCUCAGUGCCUGGCCCAGCUCCGUGGUACCUGCCAGAAGUAACGUGACACUGCAAUGCUGGACUCCUACCAAGGGUGUAAACUUUGCUCUCAGAAAGGGAGGAAUUCCUUUGGAGUCCUUGCAGUCACCCGAUUCUGUAGAGGGCCUGGGUGAAUUUCACCUCACUGAUCUAAAAACCAGUAACACUGGAGAGUACACCUGUGAAUACUACAGAACAGGGAGCCCCCACAUAAGUGCACAGCCCAGUGAUGUCCUUCUACUGCUGGUGACAGGAGAUUUUCCUAAACCUUCCCUCCAAACUCACCAAAGGGGUAAGGUGACCACAGGAGAAAAGGUGACCCUGAGGUGCCAGAAGCCAGGCAAUAUUGUUUGGCUUGUAAUGUUUGCUCUACUGAAGGCAGGAAGUUCAAUGCCCAUCCAGCUCAGGGGUCCAGCAUGGAAGGAGAUAGACUUCUCUCCACAGAAUGUGACAGUCAACAACACUGGGAACUACAGCUGUGUGUACUACUGGACAAGGGAUCCUUUCUGGGCCUCACAGCCCAGUGAUCACCUCACGAUCUGGGUGACAGAUGCCACAUCAAGAGACUACACCAUGGGGAACCUCAUCCGACUGGGUCUGGCUGCCUUAAUUAUGGUUAUUACGGGGGCUCUCCUGGUUGAAGCCUGGUGUAGCCAGAAGGAGUCUCCACGUGGAUCCAGACCCCACAGCUGCCCAGUGGAAUGAUGAGUCCUUGAUCGAGUUAACAGCCUAUGAUAGAUUUUCUGGUUCUCCUCCACCCUUGAAGAGACGGCACCAAACAUGGGGGAGGUUUGGGAAGCCUGGAGACGAGGUGUGAUGUCAUUCAUUUCCUGACAUCAUCUCAGACCCAAAGUGGCCAUUAAAGGCUCCUAACAGAGUCAUCUGGGAUAGAUUGACCAGGAACUGUUCCUCAUUAGAGGCUUCUUGGUGAUCAGGAUGACAUAAAGUAAAAUAGAACCAUUUGGUUGUAAAAUUUUUUUUUUUGUCAAAUCAAAAUUUAUUAAGUAUGUGACACUGUUCCCCUUUAGGAUAUACAACAGGGAAUUUAACCCAAAAAUCCUAGAAUUAGUUAAGUGUGAUAGAGCAUUAUUUCAUAGUGUUUUACAAAAAGCUUCAUGACGUCCAGGUCUUCCAAUACCUGAUAAGUUCAAAAAUUGAUACAUUUCACGUAACUGUGGUCUUAUUUUCUGAAAGCAAAAAGUAGGAACAAGUGGCCUGACAGAGGAUUUUCUGACCUGUGAAUUUAUAUAUAAGUCUUAAAAAGCUUCGAAACCAAAUCAUCCAUGGCUCUCAGGACCAAGCCCCAAAGCAUCAUAACCUGCUCCUGUAGGUCAAGAAAGAUUUGAGUCCA